AUGGAAUUUAUCGUAGAAUGUUGUAAUGAACACGAUGACUUAGUUCGAGCACGAUUUCAAUCACGUCACUCAAACAGCAAGAACCAUAUUGCUACUGUACAAUUCGACCACCACAAACAACAACCGACCGAUGCAUGGUAUUGCACUUGUUCUGCAGCUGCACGAGAAGUCGGCAUGUGCUCUCACGUAACAGCCCUUCGAUGGCACUUAGGUGUUAACAAAGCUGUUAUUUCCACCGAUAAUCAUCCGCUCUCUGCAUCGCGAUUGAUCAAAGCCAUCGACGACAGCACACACUUCAGCGAAGAUGAUCUAUCCUGA